AGCAGUCCACAAUAUUACUGCCAGCCAUUUCGUGGUGAACCAUCAGUAGUACCAGUGAACUGAGGGAUGAGGAUCCGCUAGUAGCCUAUAAAUGUUUGCACGAUUCUCGUUAACGUAGAGUAAUGGAGAAGGGUCGAGUGGUGGUGUUGGACAAUGGAGGGGCCACUUGCAAAAUAGGCUUCGGGGGGGAGGCGGAACCGGUGAAGGUCAUACCCAACUUCGUAGCCAAGGCCAAGGGACUAAAGCGGCCCUUCGUGGCUGACCUACUCGACACGUGUCCAGACAUCAAGGGUUUGGGCGUGCUGCGGCCCGUUGAUCGCGGCUACGUGGUCAACUGGGACCUGCAGGGCUCCAUCUGGGACCGAGCCUUCUCCGGUAUUCUCAAGGUGCAGCCGUCCUCCGCCUCUCUUCUGGUAUCAGAGCCGCUGUUCAGCCUGCCGUCCAUCCAGCGAUCCAUGGACGAGCUGGCCUUUGAGCACUUUGGCUUCCGGUCCUACCUCCGGGUCCCCGCUCCUGUGCUGGCGUACAGGUAUGAGACUUCCACGCUCCUUGACUCCCCGCCACCUCCAAUGCCGUCAUCACUUGCCUCAUCAUCGGCCGUCUCUGCCAGCUCAGCAUCCGCAGCUGCCAGCUCAGCGAUGGCUCUACAGGCGGGCUGCGGCCUGUUGGUGGAUGCUGGCUUCUCCUUCACGCAUGCCGUGCCCAUCUGGAACAACAAACCGCUGCUGCACGCUGUCAGGCGCAUGAACGUGGGCGGCAAGGCGCUGACCAACGUGCUCAAGGAGGUGGUGUCGUACCGGGCGUGGAACAUGAUGGACGAGACGCUCAUCAUGGACCACGUCAAAGAGUCCAUGUGCCUCGUCUCGCUCUUCCCCACGCGCCACCUCCCCUUGGCCAGGAAACGGGAUACUGGCAACAUUUUCCGGGCAGAGUACUUGCUGCCCGACGGGGUCACACUCCAGCGCGGGCAGGUGAAAGACCCUGCGGCAGUAUUGCUGGCAGUGAAGACACAGGAGGCCCUUUGGGAGCAACACAGAGAGGAGGGGGAGAGAGAGGAGACACUAUCAAGGAGAGGAGGAGGAGAGGGAAGGGAAGUAGGAAGAAGAAAAAAGGGCGGUGACAGACAUGACGGUAGGAAGAAGUCUGGGAGCAAUGAGAGGGCCGGGAAAAGAGAAGAGGGCGGAGAGGGCGAAGAGAGAGGGAGGAAGAGAGGGAGAAGGGGAGGGGAGGGGGAGCGGGAGGAGGAGAGUCAGGAGCAGGAGCAAGGGGGUGGUGGUGGUGGUGGUGGUGGUGGUGAGCAGGAUGAGGAGGACGAGGAGGACGAGGAGGAUGAAGACUGGGAUGAGAGGGCAGGGCGAGGCAAGCCCGGUGCUACUGGUGGUGGUGGCAGCAGUGGUGGUGGUGGGGCGAGUGCUGCUGCCAUACCACCUGGUGACAGUGGCAGUGCCCGGCGAAUGGCGGGCAGCAGAGGCACUGCAGGCGGCGGUGGUGGUUCGGCCAGCAGGGAUGGAGGAGGCGGCCAGCAGCCGGAGCUAUCCCUAGCCUCAGAGCGCUUCAUGGUACCUGAAGGCCUCUUCCACCCCUCCGACUUUGGAGUGAACCAAGCAGGUUUGGCAGAGACAAUUGUGGCGUCCGUGUCUGCUGCUCCUCGAGUCAUCCACCCGCUGCUCUUCUCCAACAUUGUUCUGGUGGGCGGCAGCUGUCAGUUCCCCUUCUUCAAGGAACGCCUUGAGUUGGAGCUCCGGCCUCUGGUGCCCGACUCCCUACCCAUCCACAUCUCUCUCUCCCAAAGCCCUGUGGUGAGUGCAUGGAAGGGCGGUUCCAACCUGGUCAGAUCAGGAGAAUUCGCACGCAGAGCAGUCACCAAGAAGCAGUAUGAGGAACUGGGUUUUGAAAGAUGUGCUGAGCUGAUGAAACAUUCAUAGCUGUGAAUUAUAGCUGCGUGCCUGCCUGCGGAACCGAGAGGUUCGAGUGUACUCGCUGUGGUGAGCCACAGUAAGGAAUCGUAAUUCCUAACAGAUCAGGAGAAUUCGCACGCAGAGCAGUCACCAAGAAGCAGUAUGAGGAGCUGGGUUUUGAAAGAUGUGCUGAGCUGAUGAAACAUUCAUAGUUGAUCA